AUGAUGUCUUCAAGUAAAUAUUUAGAAUGCUAAAAUAAUCUUUAUUAUUAAUUUGAAUUAGACAAUAUUGAUUAUAAAGAAUCAAAAGUAAUUUAGUCUUUUUUGAAUAAUGAAUUUUUAUUGUUUUAAUCAUCACUGCGUCUUAUAAUGUAUAACUUACAUGGAUUUCACUCAAUUGGCAAUAUUUAAAUUAAUAACAACACUUAAAUAUAUUUAAAUACUUAAGAUAACUACUUAUUUACAUUUAAUACAUAAAUUAUAGUCUAUGAAUUGAAAAUACCAUAAAUAUAAAUUAAUUUAACAGAUUAAUAAGUUUAAGGAAUAACUUAUGAUAUUACAAUUUAUGCUAAAUUAUAUAAUCUGACUUUUGCUGGUAUUUGUAAAAUAUUUAUGUCUAUUACUAUUCUAGAUUAGAAUGAUACAAAUAUUUAUGUAAUGUUUAAUAAAAAUUUCCCUCAGUAUAGAUCUAUUAAAGGCAAUGAAAUAAAUGAAUAAAUCUUUGUAGGCUAUUCAGGCAAAUUACUGUAAUAUACUGUGAAUACAGAUAAUAAAUAAUUUGGGUAGUUUCAUUAAACAACAUAUUAGGAAAGAUUGUUAUAAAUAAAUCAAAAAUUUACCUUGGCCUAAUUGUCUUAUUGUGUUUGCAAUGAUUGUUAAAAUGAUUAAUAUUAAGAAUAGUUAUUUUUUAUAGGAGUUACGAAUGAAUAACUAUAAAUUACUAAAUUUAUUGCCCAUUCUGAUUACUAAGUAAAUUUUACGAAUAUUACAAUAACUAUUUAAGCUAAGUAAUUAUAAGCUUCUUGUAACGAUGAUGGAAAUUUAAUAAUAGGAGUUAGUGAUAAUGAUACAAUUUAGCUUUAUUAAAUAUACCCUUUUUAGGAUAAACCCUAUUUCCUCUCCUUGGAGUUUAAGUUUGAAUAAUAAUUUUAGUAAUUUUUAGUUACGUAUAAUAAUUUGAUAACUUUGUUUGUAAAUGAAGAAAUUUAAAUCAUGACUUUGAAUUUUACUAAUUUAGUAAUCAUUAACGAAACUAUGAUUAAUAAAUUAUUUAAAUCAGACAGUUAGCUAAAAUUUAAUCCUAUUUAAAUAGCUGUAAAUACUUAAUCAUUAUCUUCAUGUUUAUUUAUCAAUAAUAUUAAUAAUGUCAUAAUUAUUUCUAUUGGUGAAAGCAAUAUGCCAAUACCAAUUUCCAUCAUAGAUUUUAAAUUCUAAAUCAAAUAAAUCAACAUUGUUAAUCAAUAAUUAGUUUUAUCCUAUAUUUGUAAUUAAGGGUUUGAUCUUUGUUUCUAAGUUUGGAGUAUACAAAAUUUGAAAUAGCCAUUUUUUAUGAGAAAUAUGACCAGUUUACAUAAUAUUAAUUACCUAUAAAUACUAUCAGAUAAAUUGUUUUAUUAUGUUUAAUUUUCAAAUUUCACCGUGUAUGUUUACAAUCCUUACUUACCUUAACAUAUGAGUUUAUAUUAUUAACUCAUUUUAUCAUCAAAAUUGAUAUGCACUGUUUAAUUAUAUUAUGAGUUUGAUUUUAAAUCUUCGAUAGGAUCUAUUUUGUAUAUUGAAAACUUUUUUAAUUAAUUAUCAAGAGAACAAAGUUUUUAGCUUUUGGUAAAUUAAUCUCUAAAUUUUUCACGCUCUUACCCAUAAAUGAUUUAUAAUUAUACUGUUACUUCUUUGUUAAAUGUAACUGCUAAUUAAUCUACACCAAAUCAAAGCUUGACUUAUUUAUCAAAUUUCACUUAUUUCUAACCCAAAACUAAAAUAAUCAAAGAUUUGUUGAUAAAGGAUUUAAAUUUAAAUGAUCGAACUUUAACUUAUCCUAUGAAUAUAAUCCUUGAUAGGCAAGCAAGUCUUUGUUAUUUUCCUAAAAGUUCUGAUGUUGAUAAAGUUCAAAAAGUUGAUAAUGUUGAUUAAUCUGAUUAACAAUACUUUACAAAUGAUGAAUGCAAUUUAACUAAUUUUGGUUACUUUACAAAAAAUAUUGAUCUUAAUUACACAUAAGUAACUGCAGUAAAUAACAAAUUUUUUAUUCUGUAAAACAAUAGUGUAAUAAGAAUUGUUAAUUAGUAUUUUGAAUUUCUUUAAUCUUACGAUUAUUCUAAUUUAAAUUUUACUGAAUGCUUGAAAUCAACAUCUUAUAAUUUAAGUUUAUCUUCAAUAUGUCAAAACGAUACUGCAUAAUAUUGGCUAACCAUUUAUUUUGACUCUAAUGGAAGUGUUAUAAAUACAUGCUUAUUGUAAAUACCUUAUAAAUUUACUUAUAUAAAGAAAAUUAGUAAUAUAGCCUUUCUUAAUUUUAUAUUAGGAUCUUAUAAUUAACAUUCUUAACAUUUUUAUUUAUUGAACCCUUUUAACAAUAGCAUCCAGCUAAUUAGUAGUGAUUGUCAAGAUUUUUCAGUAUCUUUAUAUAAUUCUAGUUUAGAUAUGAAUUAGUCAUUUUUAGUUAUUAUUUUAUACAUCUCUUAGAAUAGGGUCUAUUGUUAAUAAUUAAAUUUCAUUAAAUACUUGAUUACUUCGGGAUAAUUUGCUUUUUUUAAAUUUCUGCAUAAUAUACCGUUAGUUUAAAUUUUGAUAUUGCAAAUAAGAGACAAAUAAAUUUUCUUCCUUAUCACUAGUAUUGAAGGUGUUGGAUAUUUAUUAGUAUAUAAGUUGUUUUCGAAAUUAUAUGAGCUACAUCCUUCUAAUUUUAUCACAACUAUCACAGCUUACACACACAAUAAUACUGUACUAGUGCCAAAUUCUGUUUAUUCUAAUGGAUUUCUACUUCAAUAAUUUAAAUAAGGAAAUACCUAUAUUAUAGGAGUUUAUUACAUUCCUGAUUUACUUAUUAACAAUUUAGAAGAGCCUAUUUUGAUGUUAGGAUAAUUAAACUCUAAAUCUCCUGAAUAUGCUUUAAUUACAAAUAUAGAGGAUCGAAACUCUACAUGCCUUGCAUUAAAUAAUGGAUCAGUUUUAUAUUAUCCAAUAUAUACUAGAACAUUAAAAUGCCAUUAUAGGGAAGAUAGAAAUACUGUCAAUGUGAAUAUUGUAUGCUAGAAUGAUUUUUCAAAUGGAUCUUAUGAGAUAACUUUUAUACUUCCUAAAUUAGAUGAACCUUCAAGAAGAUGGAUUUAUUCAUUAAUUACCAUAAUAAUUUUCUAAUUAAUAGGCUUUUAUAUUUUGGUUAAAUAUAGAAUGAGAAAUAUUGGUUAUAUCAAUACAGAAAUAGAACUAUGA